UCUCCCCAUUAUCUUUCUAUUCGCAAUUCGGUGUGUGGUGUGUUUAGCAGCAGAGAAAAUUCAAUCAAAGAAAAGUCGACAAAAAAAGGCAGAAUAAUCGAUUCUCCCAGUCCAUGCACACAAGUCCGCAGUUUGCAUAUUCUGAUCGGUAUUGCAACUCGGAUUUGAACUUGUCAUAAUUCCAGCCAGCAGACAGAGAGCAGGCCAACCAGAGAUCCAACUUCCUACGACUACCGAGCAUCCGAAAGACAAACAGCAGCCAUGGGAAACGUAUUCGCGAACUUGUUCAAAGGCCUAUUCGGCAAAAAGGAAAUGAGGAUAUUGAUGGUCGGUUUGGAUGCCGCUGGUAAAACCACAAUUCUGUACAAACUCAAAUUAGGCGAAAUUGUUACAACGAUACCUACCAUUGGUUUCAAUGUGGAGACUGUAGAAUACAAGAAUAUUAGCUUUACAGUGUGGGAUGUGGGUGGCCAAGACAAAAUUCGUCCCCUGUGGAGGCACUACUUCCAGAAUACACAAGGUCUUAUCUUCGUCGUGGACAGCAAUGACCGAGAGCGUAUCGGGGAGGCGAGAGAGGAGUUGAUGCGCAUGCUGGCAGAGGACGAGCUGAGGGAUGCAGUCUUACUAAUCUUCGCAAACAAACAGGAUCUGCCAAAUGCAAUGAACGCGGCCGAAAUCACCGACAAGCUCGGCUUGCACUCACUCAGAAACCGCAACUGGUACAUCCAGGCGACGUGUGCAACUAGCGGCGAUGGGCUCUACGAGGGACUCGACUGGCUGUCCAACCAACUGAAGAACGCUAAUCGCUAAUUAAACACUAAAAUUAAAGCAACAAUAUGAAUACAACUAACUCUGAUUUCAAGCGAGCCGAAGCAGUUAACCAGCAACCAGAACCAUAGCAAGAGCGGCUGAAGGACAUCCAACAUCCAGCGGUAAACGGUGGAAAUCGACAUCAGCAGGAAUUUUCACAAAACAGCAGCAGCGGCACCAACACCAACAACAAGAGCAGCAGAUCUUCGCAUAACUUAAAGGGCUCCUCAUGUCCGUAUUUCCAAACAAGAAACUGAAAUUGUUUAUUGAAUUGCAAAAACAUAACCUUUCAAGCAGCAUAUAAAGAACGCUAUAAUAUAAUUUAAAUUCGUAUACAUAAUUAUUGGAUGUUUAAAAGCAAAACGAGUAAAAGAAAAGCCCAACCAAUCACACAAGAAAGGAAA